CAACUCGUUCUACAAUGCUCUGCUCAAGGUUGUUGAUGCCUUUGUGCAUCUCCGAACACAACGUGCGGCAGCAUGUGUCGGCUGACGAUCGGCCCAAAUCUAGUUCCUUUUGGCCGGCCACGGAAAAGGAAACGAGAUCUAACCUUCGAUAACCGCGUCCUCUGUCAUUGUGCUAACCCUUCGCCGCGCCUGCCUGCAACGCUCUUGAUUAUUUCUCUUUCCAUGCCCGAACCUUGCCGUUAAUUCAAGCAAGUAUUUCUUGAUUGUCUCGUCGUCUUUUCAGAACACAGUCUAUCCGUGCUUAGGAGGCCAGGCGAUCAGCUUGACGAAACAAUCUACUGAGCAGUGCUUUUGCGUUCCUGAAGUUGGACCCAUCCGAGUAUUGGAUACCGGCUUUCCUUUUGCCUGUUUCACGCUGAGCCUGCUAUAAACACCUCGAAAAUAACGUUUACUUGACAUCUUAUGAUAUAGUCGCCAUUGGAAAGACAGCCCUCUGCUGCACCAUCAUGGGCGAUUUUGUCCCACCUCCCCGUCCCCGCGAACUUAUACCUCCUCUCCUCGCAUGUUUACCUACGGCUUUCGUAUCUCCGCGGCCUCCUCCAGCUCUUUUACCCCUUCUUUCUCCUAUAUUGCGCCAAAGAGUGCAUCUGCUAUCUGCUACGUCGUCGACGUCGGACAAUUGGCUUGCUUUGCUCAGCUGGGAUUCUGAGCGUGCGUCGAAAUUGCCCAACGUGGUCGAGCGCAUCCACAUCGAACCACACCCCGUCUCUGGAGAGAUCGAGAUCGAAGAUCCAAAGAGGAUUUUGUACAGACGCCUUGAUUCGGAAACCCUUCAUAGUCAGCUCCAGCUUGAAGGGCUCGAGCUGAUAGCGGUUUACUUGUGGUGCUUGGGCAAUGGGGGGCCCAACGAAAAAGGCUGGAAGCUUGCGGAAUUACGAAGCCUAGAAGAUGUCGACGAUGGCACGACGUGGUACGGCAGCAUUUCGGAGGCGAACGAGCAUGCUGAUAUUGUACUUCGAUCCUCCCAGUCGAACAACAAUAGCUUGCGUGUUACCGAUGGCACAAAUGCGAGAAAGGAUUCUCCUCGAGACGAAGACGAUGAUGACUCAUACUGGGCUGCAUAUGAUCGCACGCCAGGCCGAACUCCUAGUGUCAAGCGCUCACCGGCGCCGGAUGUAUCCUCUUUGCAGCUGCCGACGGCGACGGAACUCGAAUAUUUCGCGAGAUAUGUUUCAGAGAUACAACCUGCAAUGGAUCCUGAAGAUCCAGACGAGGCAGCUCUUGAACCGCACGAGUCAACCCUCAAUGGGCACAUUGUCAUACCACAAUUGCAAGCUAUCCCGUCCCAGCCAUUCGAAGCAAGAAAUUUCCAUCCCAAAGAAUACGAUUCUUCGUUACAAGUUGAAGCAGCUCUCCCCAAUGGCGUACGUCAAGAGGACGAAAUGAAGUCGCCGAAGCCUAGGUCUAGAUCCUCCAGUCCGGUCGAAAAGCUCGAACAGCGUGCACGAAGCGUCUCUUCAGCCGAAUUCGGCAUCAAGCAGCAUAUCAGCACUGACAUCAAGAGUUUGUAUAGACUGGCCAAGUCAGCAGGCAUCGAUCGUGAGGAAUUUGACAGAAUUGUAAGGACUGAAUUAGAUGUUCUGAGCUUCAUGGACGACGAAUGAAAUAUGCACGAAAAGAAACUAGCAAUUGUGUAAUGAAUCGAUUGAGAGCGCCUCUGUUUUAGCGGGCUUUUAAGUGGGCAUCAGCAGCAUUAUAAUUUGAAUAUAGAUGCUUUUCAACCGAGA